AUGGGCAAAUCAAAGGGCAAGUCGGCUCGCGCCGACCGAGCAGAACAAAAACUCCAGGAGACGCCACUUGAAGCCGAGUCUCGCAAGGAAGCCAAUUUUGCUGAAGUCGAAUCCAAGUUGCCAAAGCGUUUUGACAGAUCUGAGAUGGGUUUUAUUGACAAAAGCACCAGCAUUCUCGGCCACCGCAACCCUUUCGGAAAGAAAGCAAGUCCCAAAGACAACAUAGUAUGGCUUCUCGACAAUACUGCCUACACCCCUGUCAAAUCAGGCAAAGAUGAUGCCCAAACCUGGGAGGCGGAAUUCGUUGCCUGUUUCUUUCGUGCAGGUCGUAAGGAUUUGACCAAAUAUGUCAGCAACAUUGUGGAUAUGUUAGGCAUCGAUGGCACGGCCGGCACUGAUCCAGAAGUCACCAAGAGAAUUGAAGAACGAUUGAAGCCCUUUGUUAUGGCGAUUGCACCCGCUCGAACCAUUGAGGUGGAGGUACCUUGCCCAACACCACAAGGUAAUCCACACAAGCGACUUCUCGGUCCGUCGAAUCUCAACGGCAUCAGUAGCCAGAUCAUGCCCACUGGCGGUGCAGGUGACGCCGACGGCAAGACAGUCGUCUGCUCGAGCGUUGAUGGUCUGUUUGCAGAGCUCACAUCGCAGACACACUUUGUUGGCCCGGAAGGCUACGCCAUCAUCUCUGACAUCGACGACACCAUCAAAAUCACCCAGACUCCGAAUCCUACUGGGAUCUUGCGGUCUACUUUUGCGGAUGAACCAAAGGUGACUACUGGAAUGCCAGAGUUCUACAAAGUCUUGAACGAGGCUUUCAAGUCUCCUGCUUGGUUCUAUCUCUCCGCAUCGCCGUACAACUUGUAUCCGUUCCUGCAUGGGUUUGUUCAUCAGCACUAUCCAGCUGGAACAAUGAUUCUCCGGGAUGCAUCAUGGAUGAAUCUUGGCGGUUUGCUACAAUCCUUCACACAAGGUGUACAAGAGUACAAGACGGACCGAAUCGACAAAAUCCAGUCGUGGCUUCCUAACCGCAGAUUCAUUUGCAUCGGUGAUUCGACCCAAUCUGACCCUGAGUCAUAUGCCCAGAUGUACACCAAGUAUCCCGAUUGGAUCAAAGCAAUUUACAUCAGAAAGGUCGUUGACGCCCCGAAUAUGGAUGCCAAGAACAAAAACAGUCGCUUCGCGGAGGCUUUCAAAGAUGUGCCAGAUUACGUGUGGAGGGUGUUUGUGCAACCGGAAGAAUUGGCAGACCAUGUCAAACACCUUGCUGGCCAGGCCCAUCCCGGCUUCCUUGGAUCUUUGCUCAGUGUUUAG